GUAAUCCCAAAAGUCUACUGCCAAUGCCCGUGGAAGACUCAUCAAUGCGCCGCUCGUGCUCGCUCAGCGACUUGCAUAUGGGAAUUAGCGGCAACAUGGGUAAAUCUGGUAAAUCCAAUGGUAGUCAAUUGAAAAAUCCAGGCGUUGUUUAUCGUAAUAGCACAGCGACAAGGUCUGCCAGCAAGCGCAAUAGUCUACAACUGAAAAGCUCGACUGGUUUGGGUGCAUCGAGUUCAUCGAUUGGUGUACUAAAUCAAGCGAGUGAUUCUGAAAAUGAGGACAACAAUCGUGGUCGCAGUAGCGGAAGUAGCUCAAAUCGUACUAAUGGACCUACCGCCGCCAAUCGUCAGUAUGCAAACAAGAAUUCUAACACAAAUAACAAUCGGCGAAAAGGUUUACAGCCGAAUUUCAGCAAUGCCGCUCCACUGCAAGACGAUUCCAGCUCCGAAGAGAUGCCCGGCGGUUCGUCCAACUCCAAACCAAUAGUGCCACCACGCCCGCGUAAUUUAACUUUCGAUCAUAAAAGCAAAGUGCUCAACAGUCCAAAUGUGAUGAAGCAACGUGGCGUAUUUGAAGCGCCUGAAUUUGGAGCACUCGAAAGUUCUGAUCCGAAAUCACAAGUGCACAACGUGAUUAACAAUUUAUAUACAACAACACAAACGGUCAUGCAACUGCAUGCGAAUCUAAAGAAUUGUGAGGAUUCAUUAAUGUUAAAGGAACUGGAGAAUGCUGUGAUUAUGACACAAAAUAUGUUGACCAACAUUACACAAAAUAAAAAUGACAAAACUCACUCACAACAUAGUCACGCCUAUACAACCACAGAACAGGCGAAUCUCGACAACGGCGACUACUUGAUGAUGGUCAACAAUUGCGCCGAUCUUCUAAGUAAUUUUCGUAUGAAGCACAAAUUGGACGACUGUGAGAAUAACUCCUAGUGUAGUAGUAGCAGCACUAGCAGCGAUUGAGAAUUUAGCGUUUAAUUAAAUACACACAUUACACACAUAAAGAACGAGACGAGAAACAAAGCAAAUAGAAAUGAAUAACAAAUAUGCAAC